AUGGACUGUCACUACCGGAUGGGACGCUUCAUCACCGCCGAGUCAACACCUACAAACCAGUGUAAAAAUUUUCAGUUUGUGAAUAGAGUCAACUCUGAAAACCAACCCUCACGUCUUUCUUUCUCUUAUCUUUCUUUCUGUCUUUCUUUCUUUUUAAAAUCUAUACUUUUUCAGCACCAUUCUUUCUAUUAUUUUUCUUCCUUUCUUUUUAAAAUCUAUUCUUUUUUACCGUCUUUCUUUCUUUCUUUCUUUCUUUCUUUCUUUCUUUCUUUCUUUCUUUCUUUUGUAAUAUCUAUUCUUUUUCAGUGUUUUUCUUUCUCCAAUCUUUUCAUUGUUUCAUUCACGUGUAAUUUUUCAUUUCUUUCUUUCUUUCUUUCUUUCUUUCUUUCUUUCUUUCUUUCUUUCUUUCUUUCUUUCUUUCUGUCACGUGUAAUAUUCUUUCUUUCUUUCUUUCUUUCUUUCUUUCUUUCUUUCUGUCACGCCAUUUUAUAUGCUUCUGUUUCUUUCUUUCUUUCUUUCUUUCUUUCUUUCUUUCUUUCUUUCUUUCUUUCUUUCUUUCUUUUGUUACGUAUUGUAUUCUUUCUUUCUUUCUUUCUUUCUUUCUUUCUUUCUUUCUUUCAGUCAGUCUCUUCAUAUCUAUCUAUCUAUCUAUCUAUCUAUCUAUCUAUCUAUCUAUCUAUCUGUUUUAGUCUCUUCUCUAUCUAUCUCAAUCUCUUAUCUAUCUAUCUAUCUAUCUAUCUAUCUAUCUAUCUAUCUCAGUCUCUUCUCUUCUCUAUCUAUCUAUCUAUCUAUCUAUCUAUCUCAGUCUCAUCUCAUCUCUAUCUAUCUAUCUAUCUAUCUAUCUAUCUAUCUAUCUGUUUUAGUCUCUUCUCUUCUCUAUCUCAAUCUCUUAUCUAUCUAUCUAUCUAUCUAUCUAUCUCAGUCUAUUCUUUUAUCUAUCUAUCUCAGUCUCUUAUCUAUCUAUCUAUCUAUCUAUCUAUCUAUCUAUCUAUCUAUCUAUCUAUCUCAGUCUCUUCUCUUAUCUAUCUAUCUAUCUAUCUAUCUAUCUAUCUCAGUCUAUUCUUUUAUCUAUCUAUUUAUCUCAGUCUCUUAUCUAUCUAUCUAUCUAUCUAUCUAUCUAUCUAUCUAUCUAUCUAUCUAUCUGAGUCUCUUCUCUUAUCUAUCUAUCUAUCUAUCUAUCUAUCUAUCUAUCUAUCUAUCUAUCUCAGUCUCAUCUCUUAUCUAUCUAUUUAUCUCAGUCUCAUCUCUUCUGUAUCUAUCUAUCUAUCUAUCUAUAAAGAUGUCCCCCCCAAUAAGCAGAUCGUUGCUGGGCGGGCUGCCGUUAACUGCGAAUUUCCUUCUAUCGUUCACUUGAUCAUCAAAAAGAAAGACGGUACCUUUUCAUGCGGUGGUACCCUCAUCGACUCCCUACAUGUUUCUCUCGGGUCUUUUCUCUUGUUUUCUUUUAUUUUUCAUUGUUUUUUUUUUCUUUUUCUUUCAUUUGUUUUUUUAAUUUGUUUUUUCCUUUCUUUUUGCAUAUCACUUUUCUCUUUCGUGUUUUCGUUCUCUUUUCUCUUUUUUUCUCAUUUUUUUCUUUCAUUUUUCACAUUUUUUUGUUUCUUUAUUUUUUCUCUUUUUCUUUCUCUUUCUAUUUCUUCACCUUUUCUUUCUCGUUUUCUUUCUUUUUCUUUCUCUUUUUUUCAUUUUUCCUUUUCUCUUUUUUUUUCUUUUUUCUUUCUUUCUCUCUUUUCUUUCUCUUUUUCCUUUCUUUUUUUUCCUCUCUUUUUUCUUUCUUUUUUCUUUCUUCCUCUCUUUUUCAUUUUUCUUUCUCGUUUUCUUUCUCGUUUUCUUUCCCUCUUUUUCUUUCUCUUCUUUUCUUUCUUUUUUCUUUCUUCCUUCCUCUCUUUUUCAUUUUUCUUUCUCGCUGUCUUUCUUUUUCUUUCUCUCUUUUUCUUUCUCUCCUUUUCUUUCUUUUUUCUUUCUCUCUUUUUUCUUUCUUUUUUCUUUCUCGUUUUCUUUCUUUUUUCUUUCUUCCCCUCUUUUCAUUUUUCAUUCUCGUUUUCUUUCUCUCUUUCUUCUUUCUCUUUUUUCUUUCUUUUUUUCUCUCUCUCUUUUUUCUUUCUCUCUUUUUCUUUCUCUUUUUUCUUUCUUUUUCUUCCUUUUUUCCCUUUCAUUGCUGUUUUCUUUUCUUUCUUUUUUUGUUUCUACUUUAGUGGCGCCGGAGUUAAGAGCGUUCAAGUCAACAUUGGUACGAAUGAGAAUAACAAAGCCGGAAAGUUUUUACUCAACGCCGAAGAAGUCAUCACUCAUGGCGGAUUUAUUGAGCGUCCAAUGCGUAAUGACAUUGCCAUAGUUAAACUGAGCAAACGCGUCCAAUUCUCCACCUGCGUGAAGGCCGCAACUUUGGCAGUUACCGGUCAAACCUUUGAUCAUAAGACCUGCGUCGCUGCUGGAUGGGGAAAACUUGGCUAUGAACUGCCCUCUACUCACGUCUUACAGAAAGUCUCCAUGCCCAUCAUCCCGCAGGAAGAUUGCGCAAGAAAAAUGGACUAUGCCAGACUAAAUAACCAGCACAUUUGUGCUGGGGAUUUCUCCUAUGGUGGUGCAAGCACAUGCAUGGGUGACUCUGGUGGUCCGCUCUAUUGUCCGUUCGAUGGCCGUAUGGUCCUUGCUGUAACCCUUUCUAGGUUACAACAUUAUCUAUCUAUCUAUCUAUCUAUCUAUUUUCCUUUUUCUUUUUCUUUUCUUUUUCUUUUCUUUAUGUCUGUCUGUCUAUCUAUCUAUCUGUGGACACUAAUGGUAACCCGUUCUAUGUUGCAACAAUCUAUCUAUCUAUCUAUCUAUCUAUCUAUCUAUCUAUCUAUCUAUCUAUCUAUCUUCGUUUUGCUUUUUCUUUUCUUUUUCUUUUCUUUAUAUCCAUCUAUCUAUCUGUGGACACUAAUGCAUAUUUAUUUUCUUUCUUUCUUUCUUUCUUUUUUCUUUUUCUUUCUUUCUUUCUUUCUUUCUUUCUUUCUUUCUUUCUUUCUUUCUUUCUUUUUCUUUCUUUCUUUCUUUCUUUCAAAUAAAGUACGAGUUAUUUUAUAA